AUGUCUGUAAAAGUUGACGGAUUCAAAUCAUCUCUUAUAUUUGAACAGCUUAAAGUUAAUAUCACUGAUAAUGAAGAAAAGAAAAAGCAAACUAUAAAGAAGGUCAAUGCAGUAUUUGAGAUUAAUGUAAAAAAUCAGGGAGGAAAAGAACAAGUUUGGACACUGGAUCUUAAAAAAGAUGGAAAAGUACAAGUUGGCAAAGGUCCCGCUAAACCUGACAUUACUAUCAGUUUAUCUGAUGAUACUUUUGUUGAAUUGGCUUCAGGGAAAAUAAAUGGUCAAAAGGCUUUUAUGUCUGGUAAACUUAAGAUCAAAGGUAAUAUGAUGUUGGCUACCAAAUUGGAUGGAGUUUUCGCCACUAUCCCGAAGGCAAAAUUAUAA